AUGGCGACUGAGUCACCGUUUAAAUCGACUAUUUUACAAAAUCAAGUUGCACUUGUAACAGGUGGUUCAAGUGGAAUUGGUUUGGAAAUUUGUCGUGAAUUAGGAAAACAUGGUUGCAGUGUUGUUAUGAUGGGACGACGAGCAGAGAUGCUUACAUUAGCAGAAAAAAUGUUAACUGACGAAGGAAUUCGAGCAUUCAGUGUUCAAGGUGACGUUCGAAUACCCGAAGAUGGUGUACGAGCGAUAAAAUCGACUGUUGAAAAAUUCGGCGGAUUAGAUUGUCUAAUUAAUGGAGCAGCUGGAAAUUUUUUAUGUGCUGCAGAAAAUCUUACACCAAACGGUUUUAAAACUGUUCUCGAUAUUGAUACACAAGGCACGUUUAAUAUGUGCCGUGCAGCAUUUCCACAACUUCGUGAAAGUUCAAAUGCAAAUAUUAUAAAUAUAAGUACAACAUUUCAUUAUGCUGCUAUGUGGUAUCAAGCACAUGUCUGUGCAGCAAAAGCAGCUAUUGACGCUCUUACUCGAGCAUUAGCACUUGAAUGGGGUGAAUAUGGUAUUCGUGUGAAUGGUAUUGCACCAGGACCUAUUGCAGAUACAGCUGGUUUUGCGAAAUUAGGCGGAUCAUUAAUGGAUUCAGAUAGUUCUGAGAACCCCUUACUUGAAGCUAUACCAUUGAAACGAAUCGGUACUAAAUGGGAUAUUGCAAUGUCAGUCUUGUAUCUCUGUUCCACAGCCGGACAAAACAUAACUGGCAGCAUAUUGGUUAAUGAUGGUGGCAAUUGGCUAUAUAAGCCACAAAUACUUGAUCGUGAAACUGUUCAAAGUUUUUCACGUUCAGUAGAAAAGAAAAGUCGCCAGGCAGGUAUUGCGACAAAAUCAAAAUUAUAA